GUGUAUAUGGUCAUGCGAUAAAGAUCAACAAUAGUCAAUCGUUUCCUUCGAUAUUCAGUUAAUAUAAUAUCAAUGUUCCUAUGUACCUAUAUUGUAUUACGGUCAUUAUGGGUGUGCACAUUGUCAUGGCAUUAAGUCCGAAUUAGACAUUAGUUAAUGUGAAUUAGUGUUAUAUUAUAAUAUUAUGUUAUAUUAUUAUUAUAAAAUUGAAAAUGAAAAGACAAAAUACAUCUAUAACCGACUUUUUUAAAAACUCUUCAUCCAAAUCCAAAACAAUAAUUGAAAAAAACGAAAGUAAUUACUAUUAUUAUAUAUUUUUCGUAGUGUCUUAGAACGAAUUUAUUGAUACGUAUAGUUUAUUAUUUUUAAUGUAUAUUGUGUAUUAAAAGUGGACAAUGACAAUAACAAAGACAUUGACGACCCUGGUGUCCUAAGAAAUAGUCUUAACGUUUAGAAAGGAGUGGCCAAAUGACAUAAAGGGAUCUGAUGAAGAUUUAGAAUCGGAUAUCACAAUGUGGCGCAGACAUUGUUCAAAUACGCCUGAAGAAAAAAGGCCAAAAACAUUUGUUGAUGCUCUAAACUUUUGCGAAUCUACGUUAUAUCAGUCUAUACAUCGAUUUUUGCAAAUUGGAGCAACACUUCCCGUUUCAGUUGCUUCGAGUGAAAGAUCAUUCUCUUGUCUUCGUAGAUUAAAAACCUAUUUACGAAACAAGACGGCGGAGGACCGAUUGAAUGGAUUAGUAUUAUUAAACUUAUACAGAGACGUAGAAGUAUCUUAUGAUGAUAUCAUGAAUAUUAUGGCAAAAACACCAAGGCGGAAAAAUUUGAUUUUAUAAUUAAUUGUUAUGACUUCUAAAAAUACAAUAAAUAAUUAUUUCAAAAUAAUGGUAAUUAUUCUUAUUUUUUCAAAUCCCCCCCGAAAUUUUUUCCUGCGUCCGCCACUGUAUUGCUAGACCAGUACCAUCUUGGUCUUGGUCUUGGUCUUGCAGCAAGAGUCUUGCGAGAGCGCAAGACCAAGACCAAUUUUGAUCAUCAUUCAUCACUAAUAUUUAUGUAAUUAUUUAUAAUAUAUUGUAUUUAUCUGAAUUUCUGAAAGGAGUUCGCUUACAAACACACGUACACUAGAAUUAUAUAUAUAAAUAUGUAAGUAUGUGUAUAUAAGUUUGAGUCGUAUAUAUUUGGUACAUUUAACGGGUAACGAAGUA